AUGGGGGCUCUCCCGGCGCUGCUGGGGGCCGCCCUGCUGUGGGCCGGAGCCGGCGCCCUCAUCAACCUCAAGUACUCGGUGGAGGAGGAGCAGCGGGCCGGCACCGUGAUCGCCAACGUCGCCAAGGACGCGCGGGACGCCGGCUUCGUGCUGGACUCGCGGCAGCCCACGGCCUUCCGGGUGGUCUCCAACUCGGCCCCCCACCUGGUGGACAUCAGCCCCGGCUCGGGGCUGCUGGUGACCAAGCAGAAGAUAGACCGGGACUUGCUGUGCCGGCAGAGCCCCAAGUGCGUCAUCUCGCUGGAGGUGAUGUCCAGCUCCAUGGAGAUCUGCGUGAUCAAGCUGGAGAUCAAGGACCUCAAUGACAACGCGCCCAGCUUCCCCACGGACCAGAUCGAGCUGGAGAUCUCGGAGACGGCCAGCCCYGGCACGCGGGUGCCUCUGGAGAGUGCCUAUGACCCGGACUCGGGCAGCUUCGGCGUGCAGAGCUAUGAGAUCACGCCCAACGACCUCUUUGGGCUGGAGACCAAGACGCGGGGGGAUGGCUCCCGCUUUGCYGAGCUGGUGGUGGAGAAGAGCCUGGACCGCGAGACCCAGUCCCACUACAGCUACGUGAUCACGGCGCUGGAUGGUGGCGACCCACCCAACUUUGGAACGGUGGAGCUCAGCAUCCGUGUCAUCGAUUCCAAUGACAACAACCCGCUCUUCGAGGAGCCGGCCUACACCGUAAGCGUGCCUGAAAAUUCCCCGCCAGGAACACCGGUUAUCCGCCUCAAUGCCACUGACCCGGAUGAGGGCACCAAUGGCCAGGUGCUCUACUCCUUCCACAGUUAUGUCUCUGAGAGGGCCCGGGAGCUUUUCCAGAUCGACCCCCAGAGCGGCCUCAUCACGGUCAGUGGUGCCAUCGACUAUGAGGAAGGUCACGUCUAUGAGCUGGAUGUGCAGGCCAAGGACUUGGGGCCUAACUCCAUCCCUGCCCAUUGCAAAGUGACCAUCAGCGUCCAGGAUGCCAACGACAACCCUCCGCUCAUUAACCUCCUCUCUGUCAACAGCGAGCUGGUGGAGGUGAGUGAGAACGCCCCACCAGGGUACGUCAUUGCCCUGGUGCGAGUGUCCGACCGCGACUCCGGAGCGAAUGGCCGGGUGCAGUGCAAGCUCCUGGGCAACGUGCCUUUCCGGCUCCAGGAGUACGAGAGUUUCUCAACCAUCCUGGUGGAUGGGCGGCUGGACCGGGAGCAGAGGGACCAGUACAACCUCACCAUCCAGGCCAGGGACAAUGGCAUCCCCUCCCUUCAGGCCACCAAGUCCUUCACUGUGAAGAUCACUGAUGAGAAUGACAACCAUCCGCACUUCUCCAAGCCCUAUUACCAGGUCAUYGUGCAGGAGAACAACACCCCGGGGGCCUACCUCCUGUCUGUGUCAGCAAGGGACCCGGAUCUGGGCCUCAACGGCAGUGUCUCCUAUCAGAUUGUGCCCUCCCAAGUCAGGGACAUGCCCGUCUUCACCUAUGUYUCCAUCAACCCGAAUUCUGGGGAUAUCUAUGCUCUGAGGUCCUUCAAUCAUGAGCAGACAAAGGCCUUUGAGUUUAAGGUCUUGGCAAAGGAUGGGGGUAACCCGUCGCUGCAGAGCAAUGCCACCGUCAGGGUGAUCGUCCUGGAUGUGAAUGACAACACGCCCGUGAUCACGGCCCCUCCGCUGGUCAAYGGCACUGCUGAGGUCUACAUCCCCAGGAACGCCGGCGUGGGCUACUUAGUGACAGUGGUCAAGGCGGAUGACUACGACGAGGGUGAAAAUGGCAGACUUUCCUAUGAAAUGGUCGAAGGGGACAGGGGUUUUUUUGAGAUYGACCAGGUCAAUGGAGAGAUAAGGACCACCAGAGCCUUUGGGGAGAAUGCAAAGACAGCGUAUGAGCUGAUUGUGGUGGCUCAUGACCAUGGGAAAACAUCUCUGUCAGCUUCUGCCUUGAUUUUGAUAUACCUCUCUCCAGCCCUGGAUGCCCAGGAGUCCAUCGGAUCUGUUAACUUGUCCCUGAUUUUCAUUAUCGCCCUGGGCUCUAUCGCGGCCAUUCUUUUUGUCACCAUGAUCUUCGUGGCAGUAAAGUGCAAAAGGGAUAACAAGGAAAUCAGGACCUAUAACUGCAGAAUCGCAGAGUACUCCUACGGGCAUCAGAAGAAAUCGAGCAAGAAGAAGAAAAUCAGCAAGAACGAUAUCCGCCUGGUGCCGCGGGAYGUGGAAGAGACGGAUAAAAUGAACGUUGUGAGCUGCUCCUCGCUCACGUCGUCCCUCAACUACUUCGACUACCACCAGCAGACGCUGCCGCUGGGCUGCCGCCGCUCGGAGAGCACCUUCCUCAACGUGGAGAGCCAGAACAGCAGGAACGCCGGCUCCAACCACAUCUACCACCACACGUUCACGGGGCAGAGCGCCCAGCAGCCCGACCUCAUCAUCAACGGCAUGCCGCUGCCGGAGACCGAAAACUACUCCUUUGAUUCCAACUACGUGAACAGCAGAGCUCAUUUAAUAAAAAGCAGCUCCACGUUCAAGGAUUUGGAGGGCAAUAGCCUGAAGGACAGCGGCCACGAGGAGAGCGACCAGACGGACAGCGAGCACGACGUGCAGCGGGGCCUCUACUGCGACACGGCCGUCAACGACGUGCUCAACACCAGCGUCCCCUCCGUGGGCUCCCAGGUGGCCGAGCCAGAUCAGAGCGAAGGGUUCCACUGCCGCGAGGAGUGCCGCAUCCUGGGCCACUCGGACCGCUGCUGGAUGCCGCGCGCCUGCGUGCCCAGCCGCGCCAAGUCCCCCGAGCGCGGCGGGCGCAACGUCAUCGCGCUCUCCAUAGAGGCCACCACUGUGGACACAGAGCCUUACGAAGACUGUAGCACAAAGAGGACUUUCGCGACGUUCGGCAAGGAAGGCGGCGAGCCCCCGGCCGACGAGCGGGCCGGCAACGCCAAAGGCAAACGGACAGUGGAGGCGCCCGCCGCGUGCAGCCCCAAGGCRGCCGGCGCCGUGCGCGAGGCCGGCAAUGGCUGCGAGGCCUCCAGCCCUGUCACGUCGCCCUUGCACCUCAAGAGCCCUUUGGGCGGCAAGGCGGCCUACGGCGGCGGGCAGAGCCGCGGCCCAGAGCCCUUGGCGAACACUGGCCCGUGCCGGCCCUCGGAGGCCGAGCCGCGCGGGGCGGACAGCGAGAGCGGCGCGCGCGACGUCAACCCCCUGCUGCAGGAGUGUCGGGAGAAGGACUCGCCGGCGGCCAAGAGGCUAAAGGACAUCGUCCUCUGA